AUGACCCAUACAAUCGAACGAUGCCGACUCCUUAUCAGAUUCUCGCCACCACCUCCCUUAUCUGGUAUCUCCAUCCGUGUUGAAUCGACCUCAUUUCCUCUGCACUUUCUACUCCGUCGCAACAACACAACGAGGACACAGGAACGCAUAUUUGUUGGCAUAACGGAGGAUUUGAAUGGGUUAGUUGGAGACGUUGAGUACAGGUUUGGGAAGUGGAAAGACUCAACAAGGUUACUACAUUUAGAUGAUAAACAUGCCUAUAAGGCAUUCGAUGAAAUGUCUGAUCCGAUUAAGGUUUAUCAGAUCAUUUCGACAAGAAAAAUUGUCCAGAAAACGGUGCAUGACACAUACUAG